AUGGAAGCGGUGCCGAGGCUUCCUAUGAUCAGUUUUGAUCUAAAAACUAGUCCCGAGCCACCACAACGCCGGACGGCACCUAGUGCCGGGUACAUUGCUGAAUUUUACCACGAGGAUCCCGAAAGCUACAAUAAUGAAUUUCACGCAUUGGAGGGAUUACGUGCAGUUGCUGUGCGUCCAGCAAAAGAUGUUACCGGUUGCUCAGUCCUAAAAAGAUAUUACGCACAGCUUCAUGCUUUGCAAGGAAGAUUUCCAAUGGAGAAGGGGCAGCCUAUGGCUAUAUCUUUUACUUGGAAAGAUAUAUACACUUCUUCGUCGGUUUCGGCUAAUGAUAUCAGAUUUGAGAUUGGGGCAGUACUGUACAAUAUUGGUGCUCUACACACUCAAUUGGGAGCAGCUGAUUCCAGAAAUAGUGCUGAUGGGAUGAAAUUGGCAUGCACUCAUUUUCAAUGCGCUGCUUGGGCAUUUCAGCAUUUACGAGAAAACUAUUGCCAAGUCGUUAGUGAAGAUUUAUGUUCAGAAAUUAUGACAUUUAUGACUUCAUUGAGUUUUGCUCAAGCACAAGAGUGCAUUUUAGAAAAGUCUAUGGCUGAUAAUAGAAAAGCUACUAUUGUAGCUCGAAUUGCUGUACAAGUCGUGGAUUACUACGGUCUGGCGUUAGCUGUUUUGUUGACUGGUGGUGAUGAUGGACCAGUUGCAGAUACUGUUGGAUCCAAAGUGUACAAGGAGUGGAAGAAAUAUAUACAAUUUAAGAUUGCAUAUUGUGGCUGUGUUUCCCUUUUGUACCAAGGACAACAAGCGGAAGAACAGCAAAAGAUGGGCGAACGUGUUGCAUUUUAUCAAGCUGCAUUUAAUAGACUUGAGGAAGCAAUUGCUGAUGCUCUAAACUUCACUAAUGAUGUGGUCGAGGGCAAGAGGAAAGCUGCGAAGAAUGAGAAUGAAUUCAUUUAUCAUGAAGAAGUUCCAGAGAUGUCUGCGCUUACUCAAGCUACUGGAGCACCUCUUGUUAAAGGCAUAGCUUUUAGUGUUACUGACAAAGAUGUGCUUGGUGAAGAUAUAUUCAAAAGAUUAGUUCCAAUCAGCGCUCACGAAGCCUCCUCUAUUUACUCUGAAGGAAAGGCACAAUUACUACGUGAUAUUGGCAAUAGAAUUGAGACUGCAGACAUGAACCUUCAAACGCAUUUGAGUGCCUUGCACCUUUUAGGCUUUUUGUCAUGGGACUCAUCAAAAUGCCACGUGGAUUUAGAAGAGGAACUGUCGGCUUUAACUCAGCAAGCUCCACAAGGAGAAGAGGCCAGACAUGGAGAGAGACUGAUCCAAUACGCCACCGAAAACCUGGUGACUGAGAUCCUGAUUCAGCCUCAGACUAAUACCCUGGUGCAAUGUAUGCGCAAUCUGCUGUCCAGCUUCACCAGACACAGGCACAUAGUGCACGCCGGAUACGCACUUCAGGGGAACGGCAGCUGGAUAUUACAGGUAAAUAAUAAUAAUACUUCACCAAAUUCAUGUUAA